CAGAUGAAGCCCUCCUCUCUCAUCACUGAGCUCUCCGGCAUUCCCUGGGAAUGAUGAUGAUGCUACGGAAAUGCUGGGACACUAGUAGAGAGUAAACGAUGCUGUGAGGAAUUCAGGCCGGAAUGCGAGUCCGUGGGCCAGAUGAAGACCGUCAGUGAGGUGACUGCCUUUAAAACAGUGUCUCUCCGCGGACGGGCUGCCGGGGUUUGUAAGAUGGUACCAGCAGGAGGUGGUGGACAUGGUGUCAGUUAACAUUAGCCAGCCAGCCAGCUAGCUAUCUAUCUAUCUAACUGUUUUCAGCAGUCAGAAUGGUUCAUAGAAUUCUGUACUGGCUCCUAUAAACAAUUUAUCCAAUUUAUCCUAUCCCUUGUUGGCCUAGCCACAGUUAGCUAACUAACCUUGUGAAAACCUAGCAAAUGUCCAUCAGAAUGAGUUAGAGAUGAACAUUGCUAGUGCUUUUUAGAAUUAGCCAUCUAAAAAGAAAAUAGUCGCUACUUUUGAAAGGAUAUUGUAGGGACUGACACAUUGGGUCAAGAUGUUCACCGCUCUGAAGAAGCUUGUGGGAUCUGAAGCGGGCCAGUUCCGGGACAGGAACAUACCCGCUGGCCUGCAGUCCAUGAACCAGAGUCUACAGAGGCGCUUUGCCAAGGGUGUACAAUACAACAUGAAAAUUGUAAUCCGUGGAGACCGGAACACUGGCAAGAGUGCCCUGUGGCAUCGUCUCCAGGGGAAGAAGUUUAUUGAGGAGUACAUCCCCACACAGGAGAUCCAGGUCACCAGCAUUCACUGGAACUACAAAACGACAGACGAUGUGGUGAAAGUGGAAGUCUGGGAUGUGGUGGAUAAAGGGAAAGGUAAAAAACGUGGAGAGAAUUUGAAGCUUGAAAACGAACCUCAAGAGUCAGAAACAGAGAUGGCCCUAGAUGCGGAGUUUCUGGAUGUAUACAAGAACUGCAAUGGGGUGAUCAUGAUGUUUGACAUAACUAAGCAGUGGACUUUUAACUACAUUAUGAGAGAGUUGCCCAAGGUGCCCACACACGUCCCUGUAUGUGUACUGGGUAACCAGCGGGACAUGGGUGAACACCGGGUCAUCCUACCUGACGACAUCAGAGACUUUAUCAACAACCUCAACAGACCUCCUGGCUCCUCCUACAUUCAUUAUGCAGAGUCCUCCAUGAAGAAUGGCUUCGGUCUCAAAUACUUGCACCGCUUCUUUAACAUCCCCUUCCUACAGUUGCAGAGGGAGACGCUCUUACGACAGCUGGAGACCAAUCAACUUGAUAUUGAUGCAACUCUGGAGGAGCUUAAUGUGCAGCAGGAGACAGAAGACCAGAACUAUGACAUUUUCAUCGACAUGAUGGAGGCACGGAAAGCCUAUGGAUCUCCAGCUCCCUCUAACAGCCAGAGCCCUUCCUCUGGGUCCCAGUCCCCCAUAGUCUUGCCUGGUGCUGCCUCCCCUAGUAACUCUAGCCCUAGCACACCCCAGGCACCUCUGCCUAUGCCUCCCCAGCCCCAACUACAGCCUCAUCCAGACAGCCAUCCUGUACAACCCCCAGUUCAGUCCCCAGCACCCCCGGUGCCCAAGAGCCAACCUCCCUUGCAAUCCAUAGAACCCCCUGUUUCUCCACAAGCAGCCCAAGCGGCUCCACCUGCUCAGAAACGAGGCUUCAUUUCCCGGCUGUUUGGAUCUGCAACACCAGAGACUCCUCCAGACAAACCAGAAACAGCAGCCUGUGAGACCCCCAAGCCCUCCUCAGGAAAGGUGCAAAACGUGGAUGACUUUGUACCAGAGGUGGGACUGGACCGGGGCUUUCUGGAGGACAGUGGAGAGGCAGCCAAAUCUAAGAAAAAAACUCCAGCUGCAGCUCCUAAUCAGGACAGUGACAGUGAUGGAGAAGGAAGAGGUGGGAAUCCACUGGUCUCCGGUUUCCAGGAUGAUUUGGACCCAGAUGAUCAAGCGGCGUCCCAGCCAAGGAAUAAAGCAGCAGCCCCAAGCUCAGGCAUUACCCUAACCAGCGAUGAAGAAGACGAGAGGCAGCCUGCGUCUACUGCUGCUCAAAACAAGGACUUCUGCACUAGUAUUGACACAAAAGGAUCCACAGUCAAUUCAUCUAAGGAGCAGUGGUCCAAGCCUAAACCAGCUGAAAGACCCCACAGCCUAAAAACAGUGUCCCACUCUCCAGUGCAGCAGCAUACUCGUAAGCCAGGGGGCGCAGUUGAGGCACAGUCUUCUGAUUCUGAAGAGGAUGGUCAGAAGGCUCAGCAGAUACUUUCUUUUGUUAUGGACGAUCCAGACUUUGAGGGCACGGACCUUGGCAUUCCUACAACAAAGAAGCAGUCCUUCGCCGGACGAGAUGACUUAUCUGAGAAAUCAGACGAUGGGUUUGUAUUAGCUGGGUUUGCAGAUCCCCCGAAAAUCAACCCUUCCCCCUUCAAGAGCCUCAACAGUGACAUUGAUCUGUUUGACCUGGGGUUUGAAGAGAGCACACCUAAGAGCAAAGACAGCAGUGAGGACCAAGAAGAAGACAGCAGAUCUGUCACAAAAGAUAAGAAGAAGAAGAAAAAGAAAGAUAAAGAGGAGGAUGAGAGGAGCAGUAAGAAACGCCACAAACACAAGAAAAAGGAGAAAGAGGAGUCUGGGACAGUUGAUGAGAAAGAGAAGAAGAAAAAGAAAUCCAAGAGUAAGAAAUCUGGAAAUGUAGAUGAUCUGGAGGCCUUCCUUUCCGGAGGCAAGAGUGAGGGAGGAGGAGACUACGAGGAACUGUAGAAGUCCAACAGUCUCACUUUCAUCAUCAAAGACGACGGUCAGAUUUAAGUCAUGGCUGGAUACUUGUCUGUCAUUCCAGCUUUUCUGAUUUUACUUCUCUGAGUUGAAACCAUUUCCGUUAUCUCUGAUCUUCUUCUCCGUUUUCAGCUGUGCAGGUUUACUGUGAGCGGCAGUAACUAGCUGCACUGAUGUUCAUUGUGUUUAAUCAUCAUGUCUGUUAUUUAUUCUUCAACUUUUCAAGCAAUUCUUUAAGACAAGCCUCAGCCCUGUUCAGCUGUAUCAGCUAUUUAUGUACGGUGAAUGGAUGUGAAAUACACUUUAGGAUUAUAUACAUGCACACACUAACAGAUUCACACACACACACACACACACACACACAUGCACACAACACUAGACCCUCAGCGGUUAUUCAUGGUUUUGGAAUAAGGAGAACUCCUCUUGCUGCUUUUAAGGAAGAUUAAGAAUAUUAAUUUAUGUCUGCCCAUCUGUUUCACUGAGCAAUGCUGGAACAGAACUUACAGUCAAGAUUGUACACAAGGACUUGGUGGAACUUUACACUACUCACAUUUGCUUUGUCAUUUUGUUUGAGCGUGAGAGUGUGUUUGUGAUUGUAUAACGUGUGUUUCUUUACCUGAACAUGCAAUGUUUAAAUUUUUACUUUCAGUAUUCACAUUCAGUGUCUUCCAGGAAAGAAUAGUACACUAAAAAUCAUACAAACGGCCAGAAACAUAUUUUACGCAAGUACCGUUUGCAUAUUUACCAGAUGGGGUGCCGUUGUGGGUGCCAAAGCUGCCUUGAACUGCUACCAUAGUCCUGAGUAAGAGUAUCUGGUAGAACUGAUUCCCUUCUGCUACACCAUCAUCCCUUAAUACUAAUACAAUCAAUCAGUAAAGCAGCUCACAGUCAGUCCUGUACUGUCUGCUCCACAUGUUUACAGACUCUCUGAUUGGUCCUCUGUCGCCCCCUUGAGUACUGGAUGUUUGAACCACCAAACUACAGUGAGAAAGCACUUUGAAUUUGAAUGACCUUGUGUCAGCAAUGCAUUGGCCAAGUGUUGCCAUUUGCAUUGUGUGCUUGUGUUAAGUAUGUUUCUGGCCUUAGUCCAUCAACAGAAUUACUAGAUAAGUACAGCUGGCUUCAGAAAUCUAUCUUGUUUUGCUGCAAUUCUCGCUGUUGAUGCCUUAUAAGGUGGUCUGCGUUAACACUAAACAUUGUGAUGAAAACUUAAGUUCC